UCUCCGAAAGCGUUAAAAGGGAUUGUUGAGAUUCUUGUUUUUGGUUUGGGACACCAGGUGAAAGCAGAGAAGCACAGCAAGAACCUCAGCAAGCUCCAGGAGUGCUCGCGUACGGUCAACGAGAUGGCCGCCAACGUCGUGGCCUCCACCAAGUCUGGUCAAGAGCAGGUAGAAGAGAAAGACACCAUGGACUUCUCUGGGAUGUCCUUGAUCAAACUCAAGAAAGAGGAAAUGGAGACACAGGUGAAGGUUUUGGAGCUGGAAAAGACGCUGGAAAACGAGAGGCUGCGUCUCGGGGAGCUGAGGCGGCAGCAUUAUGCCUUGGCCGGUCUUUACGCGGAGAGCGCAGAUGGAAGGAAGCCUGCUGUCGCUCGUAAGCCAGCAUCCUUGCAGAGACCUGCCACGGCACAGAAGCCAGGCCAAACCAAGCCGGACCAUGAGUUGGCGCAGGAUGGAGUCUACCAAGCCCACAUAGUUAACUUCUAAGGCAACCAACAGGCAGCCGAGCAGAGUAGAAGCAAGUGCCAGAAAAAUGGCUUCCCGGUUUCUAACUCUGCCUUGCCCUCAAGGAAUUCAACCCUUGGAUCUGCUGUUUUUUCGCCAGUACCCCGAAACAUAGAUUUCUGGUGGAGGGGCUAAGAUGUCAGCACCCUUCAGCCUUUCUGUGGCAGGAGACACUCAGGAGCCCCCACCCCCAGUGUAGACAUUCCAACCCCUUUAAACAUCUGUGUUUUAAACAGAUGCCAACGGGAUCUCCAUUGCCUUCUGCCGCCUUGGUUUUAUUCUGAGAGGUCUCUUCUGCCCACCACUGUCAAUGAGAAGGCAGAAACCCUAAGAGGAAAGGGGAUUAGGGCUCGCUGAUAUUAUUUAUAAGCAAUAGGAAUCAUUUGGGAAUUUUUGAGUAAAUAUUGGUGUAUCUAUUAUUCUAUGAAGAUGUUUUUAAAGAAAUGUGAAUUUCCGUGGCUACUGUUGGUUGUUUAGAUGUGGUUCCUUGUAGUUUUUAUGCUGGUCUGAAGCAAAACGAAAAUGGGUUACCCUGGGGUGAAAAUGAAAUACCUUUUAGAGAUUUUAUAGUACACAAUUAAGAAGAACUGAAUUUAUACACAGAAAGGAAAAAAAACUAGUGGUUUUAAAAUCCCUUAAAACCUUACUUAGGAAUACAAUGCAAAAAAAAAAGUCAUCCCACUUAUUUCAGAAUUACUGUUGGAAGUAGCUGAGAUUUGGAGAGGGGGCUUCUUUGCAAAGGAAAAAGAGACUGGGAGGGGAACUGUUCUUAACCAAACCUUAAGAUAACUUUUUCGCUUAUUAAAAUGAUUUAGCUGAAA